AUGACCACGACAAGACAGAAUUCUCGCUGCACUUGCUCGACUGAAAGCCGGCACGGGCGUACGUCUUCAGCAAUGGCGGAGGACGCUACAGAUCCGGUCAGCCAGUCGGCCAAUCAGACUGAUCGGACCGAACGGGUCGAGGAUGAAGAGACAAGCAAGAAGAAAAUGACCAUUCUUGAUUCUGAUGGCGAUCUGGAGGUCAAAUGUUUCGACCAGGCUACCCAGGCGACCACAUCAUUUCUAGUGUCUAGCAAGAUACUUCAAUUGGCGUCCCCGGUUUUUAGAUGCAUGUUCAAGCCACAGUACAAGGAAGGACAGCAGCUGCUCCAAGCAGAUCGACCGGCCGUCGUACUCGAGGGCGAUGAUGCGCCCUUGAUGGAGACGAUAUUCAAAAUCCUACAUCAUGGAAGUGAUAUUCGGACGACAAACGUCGAUCCCAGAACACUCGUUCGUUUGGCGAUUAUAUCAGACAAGUACGAUCUCACCGAGACUUUACGGGUAUGGUCUGCUUUCUGGUUCCGCCUGAUCCCAGACAACGAUGCAACUUCCGAAGAGCUCGGGUUUCUACUUCUGGCGUCAUGGCUGUUCAAAGACAUGCAAAAAUUCAAGAACGUGUUCGCACUUGCAGUCUGGAAACUGCCUCUGGGAUUCGAGAAGAAAUGGGCAAAGGAAGAGCUCUUGGAUAUCAUUCCUGAACAUCUAACCAUGGUAAUGAACCGGGAAAUCAAGCAAACACUGAAUGAUCUCGAAAUGCUACUCCAAACAACUCCGGCUUUUUUGCGCCAAGGUACAGGUGCAUGGGAAACUCAGAUGAUGGCUUGCAGUGGAUGCAGCAGAAUCCAUCCCGCCGCGGCUAAGACGUGCCAUCCAUGUAAUAACAACCACCUGCAAAAGAAGCUUUGCAACACCGAUUCUCGUCUUGUUGAGUUCUUUCUCGCUCUUGAAGCACAGUCUCUAUGGCCCAUGGUUCAGCAGUUCGAUAUAUGCUCGCCCAUUCAAAUCGCGAACCUGAUUGCAAAAUUGAAUUUCGACAAACACGUUUGCGGUGCGUCCCGCGCAUGCCCGUUGCAAACUUGUCUGGACACGAUAAAGUCAAGAAUGAGUAUCGCUAGGGAUAAUAUCAGGUCGAGGUUUUGUUUGCAGUGCAUCAAAGAAGGUGGUUCUGGUGAUGAUGGACAGUGCUGCACUCACAAGCAAACCUGA